AUCUUCAUCUCGCCUCUGCCUGCUCUAAGCCCACGCAGUUCUUCAGCAGCAAGGGUGGGCGGGCGAUGUCCAACGCGGGUCUGCGCGCGUACCGGGAGGUGCUGCGCCUGGUGCGGCGGCUGCCGGUGGAGACGCGUCCGUACUACGCCAAGUACGCCCGCGAGAACUUCGUCAACUACCGCGAGCUCUCCGCCGAUGACGACCUCGCCGCCCUCCUCCGACGCGCGCACACUCACUCCGCAUGGGUCCUCUCCAAGUACUCGAUCGACGCGGGGGAGGCGGCGGCGCGGCUCAAGGAGCUCUGCGGUUGCCACACCUGACCUGACCUGACCGGGCAGUGAGCGACAAGACAGACACUCCCGAUGCACACGCCAGGUGUUCGACGAUAUGCUGCUCUUCACUUUAGGCUUGAGUUUGGUUUUAGAGUCUUGAAUAAUUUUUCAGUCUUCAUUUAUAUUUUCUUUUGUCCGUCUAGUUUGGUCCCAAUCGACCCGACGUUAUGGGGGAAUAAGUUGCGCGAACAUUGUGCUUGAUGCAUCAUCAUCUCCUCUGCCAUAACCCUUUUCAAUUCAACUUUGCCCAGAUUCCAAUUU